UUUGUGCUGAUUGAGCAAGUUGUGUUGUCACAUGGCAUACAGAGGAAUCUUGGAAACAGAGGAUUCUUGGAAUCGAAAAGGUAUACUACUAAAAAGCCAUGGGUGGCAAGGGCAAGAAGAGAGCAAAUAAAGCAGGCCUGGGUAAGCCAAAACAGAGUGGGCAGCACAGGAAAGGGAACAAGGGCCAGGCUGAGCCAGAGUUCAGUGAGACAGUUGUGCUGAAGGGACGAUCUGGGAAGAGCCUCCCUGUACCCGGCUUAUCGAAUCUGGGCAACACUUGUUUCUUCAACUCAGUGAUGCAGAACCUUGGACAGUCUCAUUACUUUCGUGCUGAGCUGGGUAGCCUGUUAGCCAAACCAACAUACACAAUGGAGAUCAAGUUAACUGGAAUGGGAGAGCCAUGUUCACGCCAGCUGACUGUGGAGGGUGGUUUGGGGCAGCUGACAGGGAAGCUCUCCUCCUUCCUCUCUCAGAUGCAGACUGGAGGGAGAGUGCUCAACCCACAGCCAGUCUUCAGUGAGAUUAGCAAAAAAGCUCCAAGAUUCUCUGGCUAUCACCAACAGGACAGCCAGGAACUGCUCAGGUGCCUCUUGGAUGCUCUGCGUUCUGAGGAAAUUACGAGGAUCAAGAGGGCCAUACUAACUUCGUAUAACGUUGCGGGUACCAAGAACAAGAAAGAGCAUCUCACUGAUUCUGACCGGGCAGAUAUUAGAGCAUACGGUCUUCAGGCUCAUCUUCAGACCACCUUUGUGGACAGUGCUUUUGGGGGUGUUCUGACAAGCACAGUAGUUUGCAAUGAAUGCGAAAAUAAGUCAACGAUGCAUGAAACCUUCCUUGACCUAUCCCUGCCUAUUACCAACGACAAGAGCAUGUCUAAUGAUUUCUCUCCGGUGGGUUACCAGACUAGGAGCAAGUCCAAGAAGAAGGCAGACCCCAACCCCGGGAAGGUUUCAGCACCAAAACCUCGUCCUGAGCUCUCAAAGCACCAGCUCAAAAAAAUGGAGAAGCAAGCUAGGAAAGCUACAAGAACGGCUAGCAAAAAAAGCCUCAACAAGUUUUUGAGUGAGAAUCGUCCCUCAUCGCCUACUGAGCACAGCCUGAGUGUGGAGAACCUCCCGACGGUCGAUGCACAAGAGAGCUCUGUUAAUCAAGAACAAACGAAUGUGAAGGAGCUAGAAGAUGCUGCUCCAAAAGAAAGUGAAGGCCUAGAUAAAGAUUCAGAAACAACCGAUAUUAAACAAGACGGCGUAUCAGUCGACAGUACGUUGAACACAGAAAUCCCUACAACUGUUUCCAUCGACCAACCAGUGGCAGAAACAGACAGCUCAAACAUGAACAUGACACGUCAUGAUGUGGACGGCUAUGCAGCUGAUGGUCCAGUGCUGGAUACCAACUCUAUGAGUGAACCACGGGAGGGAGGAAAUGACCUCGGACUUAUUACCACCGCAGAUAGUGAAUGUACUAGCAACUUAGAGGAAACAAUGGAACAACAAGAAACUGCCAAUAUCGAAACAGCUCAGGCAAUCGAAGAAAGUGAACCAGUACAAGCAGUUUCGUCCCCUAACGUUGAGUCUAAUACAACCUCUCUCGCUGCAGGCCCAGAGCCUGAGUCGCUUGUACGACGUUUUAAAUCUCUCAAUGUCGACCCGGACUCACUAGAGGCCUCUCUAAAGAAGUUUUCCACUCCAGAGCAAUUGACGGGAGCCAACAAGUUUGCGUGUGUCGUGUGCACAAAGCUGAAGUACGAAGGUCAAUCCGAGAUUACUGAUUCCAACAGCCCACCUAAAGAAGAGGAAGCUACCAAAAAUGAAGCUAUGGAUGACAAAGCUAUUGAAGAGGAUGUCCCUUCUGAUUCCAAUUCUCGAGAUACAUGUGAAGUCAAAGUGGACACUGAAGAGAAAACUCAGGAAGAUGUCACUAUCACUAACAAGUUGUCUAAUCAACAAUCCUCAGUUUCUGAAGGUAACGAUGUUGUUGCAGACUUUGCUGAUGACUUGUUCCCAGCUGAAGAUGAUAGUACAGCUGUGACCGACAUUGUGGUUGAUGAUGAAUGUCAAGAGGAUACUGACUCUCGAGGCAAGGAGGACAACAAUGGCCGAGCAGACUCUUCCCAUUCAGUUGACGAUGUCAGUGCUCACGGGAAUGAAGACAGCUUUGAACAAAGUGCAGAUGCUGACAACGAGGAGAGCAGUGAAGAUGAGCUGCCCAAACCCAAGCCAACGCCGAUGUCUAGUAUUGCAUUUUGUGAGGCCACCAAACAGAUGCUGGUAGAGAAGGUCCCUCCCAUUCUCACCCUCCACUUGAAGAGGUUCAUACAACAUGGCCGCCGUCUGCAGAAGAACAACAAGUACGUCUCCUUCCCAGCUCUGCUCGAUAUGAGUCCAUUCUGUGUGGGUACUGGUCAGGUUGAUACAGACGGGGCUCCCUCCAGUGAACUCCUCUACUCUCUGUAUGGCAUUGUGGAACACAGUGGAAGCAUGCAAGGUGGACACUACGUCGCCUACGUCAAGCUACGCACACCUCCAAAGAUCACCAACCCAAGCAGUGCCAAGGACCUUCCUAUUAAAGAAAACUCACCCGUCAACCCAACUACUACUGAAGACUGCAAUGCAGCAAGUGCAUCAAGCCCCCUUACUGAAUCUGAUGAUGAUGCUGUACACAGCAGUGGAGCGUGUAUAGCUGACCCCAAAUGUACUCUGAACUUUGAUCUUUCAUCCACCAAAGGACAGUGGUAUUACAUUAGUGACAGUCAUGUGAGAACAGCCUCCGAGAGUGAGGUCAUGAAGAGUCAGGCUUAUUUAUUGUUUUAUGAGAAACUUCCUCGAAUUUAA